CUUUUCGUUGUUGUCUUCUGUCCUCUCUCGUGCCAACUUGCACUUUGACAUGGCAAUUUCACCAUCCGCACAGAAUCACGACCUUUGCCAUGCAGUCGAAAGCUGGGCAUUACUUUCCAUUUUGCCUGCGGCAAGGCCAAAUGACCACCUCGUCUCAUUUCCUCUGGGUUAAAGCCGCACGCAUUUGCUCCGCGCAGCCUCUUAUUGUUGUUCUGCUUUCACUCUCUGCUUUGCGGGGCGGAGGAGCAAUGUCAGGCUAUGCCAGACAGUGAGCAAAUUUUCAGAGUCGAGAGGCCGAACGGAAGAACUGCCAGAGAAGUAGAACACCAUGGUACACACAGUUGUUCGAAGCGAUGCACAGACCAUACGUUUGCGGUGUUCCUUGACAAGUGUCCAGGCAGCCUUAAGAAGCAGCUCGCUAGUGCAAGGCUGCAAAUGUACAUGCUGUUGGUUCGGUCACUGCCAUUGCAUCUGCCCCACCAAACCCGACUCCAACGCAAAGCAACCAGAAUGGAAUGGUGAACCUUCUUCGACCUCGAUCCUUCCCAAACCUUCUAAACCUUGAUCUUUCCUCAACAGUCUGCAGUACCUCUUCCUCUUGCUCUACUUGCGCAUCCGCUUUGUGCGCGCGGUUCAUUACGCAUGUGGUUUUCAGUCAUCGUCUAGCAUCUCGCGGCCUCGACGGUCCCUGUCGCAAACGUCAUCGUCCGACAAUCAGAAGCGCUAUGCGCUAGGUCUCGCAAUUACUUUGGUCGCCUCGCCGAAAACCCUGACCAUUUUCUUCCUUUAGGACACAGUUUUCGCGCAACACUAUAUUACAGGCUUUCCUUCAGCCUUCACACAUCCUUGCGCCAUGGCCCCAAAACGUCAAGCCGCGGCAACUUCGAUGCCUCGCCGCAAUCCAGCUCGCAACGCCGAAACCUCCUCUGCUCCAGAUCAGAUUCGCGUUACCAAACCUCAAAUCCGAUCCAACACUGUCAAACCCGCUGCAGCCUCCGCCAGCAGGACUCGAACCUCCACUCGAACCCAGAGAUUGUCGUACGUUGGAAUGGACUCGUCUGACGAUGAGCUGUCGGCUGCGAUAGAUAACGAAGACGCUGCAUCUCCCCAGAUUUCCAAGUUGACUACACAUCGGGGUGCCCGAAUAGGAACUGCUGCUGCGCCCAGAUCCUCUCGCACAGGCGCCAAUGACGACAGUGGUCCAAAGGCUACCUCCACCAGACGCAAGCCGGCUGCCUCUACCCGCGGCUCUGGCCCAAGGAAAGGGAGAAGACAAAAGACUAAGGCCUCGCCGCGCAGAACUGGCAAUCGCGACUCAUCCGACGAACAAGACGAAGGCGGAUCCGCGGACGCCUUUUCUUGCGCAAAAGCUACACCUAAAGCUUCUCCAGCAAAGUCGGGUCGCAGCAAGCAUGCGCCCAAGGAGACAGAACCCGAGACUGAUUCCACGAGUUCUGUCAUUCCCAACUGGUUGAAUCCCCAGAUUGAGCACUCGAUCUGGGUUCAAAUCUUUCAAUAUGCCGCAGUCUCUGGCGACGAGCAGGAUACCCUAGAUAUCAACUGGAUUCUUCGUACUGCUCGAGUUUGUCGACAAUUCGCAGACCCGGCCCUGACCGUUCUUUACAAGUGCCCACCUAUUCGAGAUGAGAUCAAAGCGUUCGGGCUUGUAGAGUUGCUCGAGAAGUCGCCAUCCUUGACGACUGUCAACUAUCGGGCAAGGAUCGAAGCGCUUCACAUCGAUGUGCGACUUGUGUCGCUGCAAGGGCUAACCUCUCCGCUCAAGCUGAUGCAGAACUUAUCACGACUUUCAGAAGUGCUGCUUGUUCAUGGAUACGACCAAGCCCCGUAUCGGCUGCUCAAAGAAUCAAUCAAAUGGACCUACCCUCCGGAGCUUUUCCAGGCGUUCGAGGUGUCGCCAACUGCGCAUGUGGAGGCGGGAGACAAGACCACCAUAACACGGCUUCGGACAUGGCAGUGGAGCUCCAGACUCAUGGACAAGGAUUGGGAAGCCAGCCUCACGAGAAUCAAGCAGGUCCAUCAAAUGCCCAGCUUCGCCUCUCUGCGCAAGGUGAAGUAUGUCAACUACCAGAUGCCGUCAAUUCGACUGGACAAAGACCCAAGCUCCAAUCCCGAGCUGCAGAUGGAAGAUGAAAGGUCUGUGGCUCUGCUAGCAGACUCCAUCUCGGCCUUGGAAAACCUCGAGGACCUGAUCUUCGAGUCUUCAACGAUAGUCGGAUCGUCUUUGUUCGCUCUGCUACCAGCAAAAUUGAAGCGUCUUGAGCUGGUCAACUGCGCAGAAGUCAUCGCCGAUGAUCUCGGCUUGUUCUUGGUCACCAAGGGACACCAACUGGAAUCGCUUGUCCUGCACCACAACCGCUCGCUCAAUCUGGGCUUUCUUACGGUUCUCGGUUCUGCCUGUCCGCAUCUCAAAGAAUUACGAAUGAAUCUUCAGUACUUCAGUCUAUUGGAGACAAUUGAUGACACUCUGCCGUCGUACGAUACAUUGUUACUCCCCGAACAGGUGCCCAGUUGGCCGGCAUCUCUGCAGUUUGUUCACUUGGAGAACCUUCGUCACUGGAGCUCCGAUGCCACCGAUACAAAGGCCGCCGAAGCAUUCCUUCAGUCUUUCAUAGACAGCGCCCGUAACCUACCGGAUCUUCGACACGUUUCGAUCAAGGCAAUGCUGAACAUUUCAUGGCGGUCACGCAGCGAGUUCCGCCGAUCAUGGCAAGAAAAGUUCGAAAAUGUCUUUCUACGACAUAGCCCCGACCCAGAACCGCGCUUCAAUCUGCUACGCCAGCCGCUUCCUGUCGAGUCAUCGUCUUCCCUGACCGGUACGAAGCGAAGACCGAAGAAAACGCAUACAGAACCCUCUCGUCGAAGCAACCGUAUUGUGCCGCGUACAUCAAGCACCUCUUCCCUUGCUAGCAGUGCGUCGAAGGGGCUUCGUGGUCAACAGCGGAAGCCCCAGUCGUAUCUUGAGCCUGAUAGCGAUGAGUUUGACUCUGACGGCGACGUCGACAUGGAGCUAUCCGUGCAAGGCGCGCACGAAGUCGGUGCUAAUGAGAACACACAAGGUUCGGCCACAGAUGCUCCAGCAUCCGACGGGACUUUUGUUCAGGGCAUGUGCACUGUCGUCGACAUUAGCAUCGACAACCAGAAACCAAGGGAGCAUCAAUACAGCAUGGACGACUUCCUCAACGAUGAGAGGGACUUUGAGUCGGAUGGCGACUGGAACGGUGACAUGGAUUUCGAGUAGGGCUAAUUAUCUUUUCCACUUUCCAAGCUGGAAUUGGUGCUUGGCCUCGGCGUUCAGUGUCGACCGAGUCGAGGCUGUUUCGCUGCGCGAGGUUUCAUCCACAACUGUAACAUGAUACAACUUGACUGUUCUUUUGCGCGCGCACACACACACAUUUUUGGUCUGUUGUUACGAAAUUCGGCGACCCGUUCAACAACUUGACCCGGCGUAUAUGGGAAAGGCUGAGAGGGACUCGCCUGGUUGGUCGGUUUCGGAAGGAAUGAUGGGAAACGGGUUAUGGUUAUGAAAUGAGAGAGGCCUCCUGUUGAUCUGGGCUACAGAACGUACUCUUUCGAGAUACGAUCAUUGACAGUACGGUUUCUCCUUACUUAGUGUACUGAGAAAAGUUAACGAUGAUGGGGACUGGGUUGCGGGAUAGAAAACUCGCUGCCACAAUGACUGGUUAUCUUCCAUUGGUGAACCUAGGUCGUCUCGAUGAUGAAAAAGAUCCACAUGCACUUUUGUCAGAUGCGCACA